GUCUACUGGCGCUCUAUUUGAUUCUACGUUAAUAAAAUCGUAACCGAAAGUCCAGUUAUCACCUUAUAACCCAUCUGGCAUCUGCCAUGCCCCCAUCAGGUAAUAAACACAACAGAGACGUCCCCAUCCGAACGCCAACCUCUUCCGCUUGGCCCUCUCGACGAUCAGAUCCAGCUGAAACUACCACAGAACCCUCGAUGGCUGACUUUCGCAACAAAACUGUCAAGCAUCAAGUUAAAAUUUGGUUUUGCCCGUACUGCAAUAAAUCGUUCAACGACUCCCGCCACAAUACCGUGCGGCAUCUUCUGGGUCUAGUCGAAGAAGGACGAGCGCCGUGCUGCAACUGGCGCAACGGUGUUCAUAGCCCCGCAGACCGGCUGGAUUACCUGUAUGGUAGAUUACCGAAGCGAUAUCCCUACUACCGCCAGUACCAGGAUAACGCGAUGACGAAGCUAGGAGAACGAGUUAACACGGAAUGGACAAGUGUGGAUAGAAAACACACCAUCCAACUACAUCCUGAUGAUUUUCAAGAAGGGAUGAAACUGCGACAGAAAGUUCAACGCCAGCCCCGGAAACCAGCACGGGAAGAUUCCCCGGAAAUUAUCGAGCUGCCUGUAUCUACAAAAAAACCUUCCACCGGUACCGAAACGGCUUCCCGUAAACGGCGUGCUUCCAGAACUUCACCGGAGAGGUUGGGUAUGAUAAAAAAGUCUGCAUCCGACAGUGCAGCGAACGGCACGCAAAUUUUACCGGAGAGUGGUACUUUUCGAGAGCCUCCCAUGGCGGUUGGAAAGCCGGUAGCACCGGGGGACACUUUCCUCGUUACGCUGCACAACGGCGACGGUAUAACAGUCAAAGUUACACUGCCGGCUGGUACGUCACCACCUAAGGUCACGGUUGAGAGAAUGUUAACGCAGACCAGAAUCAAAAAUGGAAGCGAUAAUAACUGGCAUCAUUUGACUCACGAUUCCAUUCAGCAAAGAUACUUUAACGUCGCGAAUACGGAAACUCGGCUUCAGGAAGGAACUUCGGCAUCGUCUCAGCCGCCACCUCGUGAUGGCUCGUUGGAUCGGGCCGUCAGUUAUUUGUGGAACCUGUAAAACAGUAAGAUACUGAACGCUUUUUGUUUCUGCAUUUGUUGCGUUCACUGGUUAAUUUUUUAAGUCAUUCGCAUAAGUCGAAAUUAUGUCGGAGGGAUUAAGUUGACCUUGAAGUACCCGCCUGUAUGAUAAGUAAUCCCACUUUGUUAUGGCAUUGAUUUUAUGUAAUUUAAUAUUAAUCACAGUUGCUUGUUGUUGUUUAGGAAGAAGAUGUCAGUUUGUCAACUGAGUGAUCAGUUGCCCGUUUUAUUUAUAACGCAUAUGGUUAUAAAUGUUCUUUCGCGAUUGUUGUUCAGAACUGUUACCAACUAAGUAAACG